AUGUCAUUCCGAGGCAAGAGGACCAAGGCAGAGAAGGAGCCGGCUAGUGUGGAGGCGGCCGAUGAUGAUCAGGAGGACACCAACGAGAACAUGGAUGGCGCUGAGGAAGCAGCCCAGUCUCAGCCCAGCCUGCAGUUAGAUGUGGGGGAGGCUCAAGGCUUCAUUGCCUUUUUCAAGAACAUGCCAGAGCCGGCGUCGAGGACGAUUCGUUUCUUCUACAGGAAGAAGGAAGGAGAGUUCUACAGCUGUCAUGGGGAGGAUGCCGUGUACAUCGCUCAGGAGUGCUUCCACACCAUGUCUGUUCUGAAGCACAUCGGCAAGAACAAUGAGCUGCCUGCUGUAGCAGUGUCUCCAUCCAACUUCAACAGCUUCGUUGUACAGCUCUUGACAGAGCGGCAGUACCGCGUUGAAGUGUGGGCAGACGUGAAGGGAGGGAAAAAUGGAUGGACUAUUAUCCGACAGGGCUCCCCCGGAAACCUCGAGGAGUUUGAGGAGAUCGUCUUUGAUACCUGUGGGGAGACGCAGGAGACGCCGACAGUUGUUUGCGUUCAGAUUGUCUCUGAUGGAGCCGGUUGGCGAGUUGGACUUGCUUACUGCGACAACACCCUCAAGAUUAUCGGAGUUUGCGAGUUCCUCGAUGGGGAUCAGCUCACCAACCUUGAGGCCGCCCUUGUACGACUGGGGACGAAAGAAUGUGUUGCUGCAGAGGACAAGAUGAGAUCACCUGUGGAGGGGAAGAAGUUACGAGAGAUCUUCGACCGAUGCGAUGUCGUGCUGACUGAGAGAAAGUCUCGAGACUUCAGCACCAAGGACAUCAAUCAAGACCUUAACAGAUUGCUCGGGCCAGAGAGCUGCAAGCUCAUAAACAUGGAAGACGAGAACGCGUUGUCGUCGGCUGCUUGUCUGAUUAGGUACCUCGACCUCCUGAGCGAUGAGAGGAAGUUCAAACUGCAGGAGUUGAAAUUGGACCGCUACAUGAAACUCGACAAGGUAGAGAAGGAUGAGGCGCAAGAUGGAAACAGAAACAUGUCUGUCUACACGCUGCUAAACAAGUGCAAGACGCAUAUCGGCUCUAGACUUCUUCUUCGAUGGAUCAAGCAGCCGCUCCUUGACCCGCAGGAGAUCGAGACGCGUCUGGAUCUGGUUGAGACAUUUGUCAACGACGUUCAGCUCCGACAGUCCAUGCAGGAGAUCUACUUGCGACAUGUUCCUGACCUUGCUCGACUCGCCAGAAAGUUUCAGGCUCUAGAGGACUGCGAGACAAGCAAAGGAUCGCUAAUGAAAGAGAAGAUGGUGGAUCCUCUGAAAUCUCUGGAGGACGACUUCAAGCAGUAUGAGAGGCUUGUAGAACAAUCCCUCGACCUCGAGGGGAUCGACAACCACGAGUAUCGCAUCAACCCUAACUACAGGCAAGAGAGCAGAAAAGGGAGAGAUCGGGAAGAAUUCGAGGAUAGCGGGGGAGAGAGGGAGCGAUGGAUGUUUUAUCUCACAUUUCAUGGAGCAGUCCUGAUCUCCAGCGUCUGGCGGAGAGGAAGGAGGAGCUUCGAAGAGACAUUGAAAGGCAAGAGGACUGACAUACAGCAUGAGAUCUUUGUUGAUUCUUCCUGCAGUGAGAGGAAGAAAGCCGCGAACAAGUUGGGACUAGGGGAGGAGAAGGUGAAGCUUGAGAGGAACAAGGACAAGAUUUACAUCUUCAGGAUAACGCGCAAAGAUGAAAAGGUUCUGCGAGGGAAGUGCGGAUCUUUCAGUGUGCUGGAGACAAGGAAGGACGGAGUGAAGUUCACUAGCACAGGACUUCGUCCCUUGUCUGAAAGAUACAAGGAAGCAGACGAUAGCUACUCGGAGAUCCAGACGUCCCUGGUGGAGAAGGUGGUGGAAGUCAUCUCCACCUACGCCCCAGCUGUCGAGAGCUUGAGCGAGGUCAUAGCAGAGAUUGAUGUCCUUGUCUCCCUCGCCCACGUGGCCUCCAACGCUCCAACGCAGUACGUUCGUCCCCUCCUCUCCCCAGCAGGUCAAGGCGACCUGAUCCUCAAGGAGUCGCGGCACCCGUGCGUGGAGGUCAUGGACGACGUCUCCUUCAUCCCCAACGACAUCGAACUGCUCAGAAGCAGCAGCAGGUUGCAGAUCAUCACGGGGCCCAACAUGGGAGGAAAGAGCACGUACAUCCGUCAGGCGGGUGUGAUCGUGCUCAUGGCUCAGAUCGGCAGUUUCGUCCCCUGCUCCUCUGCCGAGAUCUCCAUCUGCCACUCGAUCCACGCGAGGAUCGGAGCAGGAGACAAUCAGCUGAAGGGAGUGAGUACCUUCAUGCAGGAGAUGCUCGACACCUCCUCCAUCCUCAGCUCAGCCACCGACAAGUCGCUCAUCAUCAUCGACGAGCUGGGAAGGGGAACGUCAACCUACGACGGCUUCGGCCUGGCGUGGGCCAUAGCCGAGCACAUCGCCAGCUCAAUUCGAGCUCCCUGUCUCUUCGCCACUCACUUCCACGAGCUGACGGAGCUCGAGGGCAAGGCCGAGGCCGUCACCAACCGCCACGUGACUGCCCACGUGGCGGACGGAAAGCUCACCAUGCUCUACCAGGUCCGGAAGGGCGCGUGCGAUCAGAGCUUUGGCAUUCACGUUGCAGAGCUGGCUAAAUUCCCCGAGCACGUGGUGGAGAUGGCGAGGCAGAAGGCAGAGCAGCUGGAGAUGUUUGGAAACGCCUCGUCCUCUAACGAGGACGCUGUUGGGGAACCAGCCUCUAAGAAACGCAAGACGGACGAGGCGGCAGGCGAGCAGGGCGAUCACGAGGAGGGUUCGAGGCUGAUCCUGCAGUUUCUCAAGGAUUUCUCAGCUCUCCCCUUCGACUCACUCGCCCCCUCCGAGGCUUGCCUCAGGGUCCGGCAGAUGCGCGACGAGAUGGCGAGCAAAGGCAACAAGUUUGUCGAGAGUCUCCUGCUGCAGCCCGCCUGA